AGUGUUGUAAUAAAGAAUGGAACGCCAAGACGGAGGAAUAAACCAGCAAAAACUGAGGAAGAGCGGCAAAAUGGCGGUGGCAGGUCUUUAUCGCCGAAUACUUCCCUCACCUCCGGCGAUCGAGUUCGCGUCCUCCGACGGAAAGAGAUUAUUCUCUGAAGCACUUCAAAAUGGAACAAUGGAAGGCUUCUUUAAGCUAAUUUCUCACUUCCAAACCCAAUCAGAGCCAGCAUACUGUGGAUUGGCCAGUUUGUCUAUGGUUUUGAAUGCUCUUGCAAUAGAUCCUGGGAGAAAAUGGAAAGGUCCAUGGAGGUGGUAUGAUGAGUCCAUGUUGGAUUGUUGUGAACCUCUGGAGAAAGUUAAAGCUAAAGGCAUCACAUUUGGAAAAGUUGCUUGCUUGGCCCAUUGUGCUGGUGCUAAAGUUGAAGCUUUUCGUACAAACCAAAGUAACAUUGGCAAUUUCCGUAAUCAUGUUAUCAAAUGUGCUUCUUCAGAAGAUUGUCAUUUGAUAGCAUCAUAUCAUAGAAAGCAUUUCAAACAGACUGGAGCUGGUCAUUUUUCACCAAUUGGAGGAUAUCACGCAGAAAGUGACAUGGCACUUAUUCUGGAUGUAGCCCGUUUUAAGUAUCCUCCUCACUGGGUUCCACUUUCUCUUCUUUGGGAAGCCAUGGAAACAGUUGAUGAAUCGAUUGGGCAUCCUAGGGGGUUUAUGCUUAUUUCAAGCCAUCAGAAAGCACCAUCUUUCCUUUACACACUGAGCUGCAGAGACGAGAGCUGGAUGAGCAUUGCAAAGUACUUGAUCGAUGAUGUUCCUGUUCUUUUACAGUCUGAGAUGCCAGAAAAUAUCAACCAAAUUCUCUAUCUUAUACUAAAAUCAUUGCCUGCAUGUGCUGGAAAUUUUAUCAAAUGGAUUGCAGAAGUUAGGAGACAAGAGGAAGAUGGAUCUGGUGUAACCAAUGAGGAGAAAGAAAGACUUGCUCUGAAGGAAAAGAUUCUGGAACAAGUACGUGAGACUGAGCUAUCAAAAUAUGUAGCAGCCAUGAUAUUAUCUUCUACUUCAAAUUGCAAACUAAGAGAAAAAGAUUCACUAUCUGCUAUUGCAGCUAAUGUAUGCUGCCAAGGUGCAGCACUAUUAUCAGGAGGAUUAACAUCUAGAACACGAGUUUGCUGCAAAGCAACAUGUCUUAAAUGCUUUAUUGUUAAUGGCGACGAGCCUACUACUGUUGUUUCUGGAACUGUAGUCUCUGGCGGCGACGAACAGGAGGUUGAUAUGCUGGUGCCAGAGUCAGCAGCAACAUUGGGGAAUCAAUGUGAUUCCACAUUGGACAAUUGCAUUUUGAUGCACCCGACAACCAGUGAUGUUUUAACUGUUCUAUUGUUGGCCCUGCCUCCCAGCACAUGGUCAGACAUCAAGAAUGAGAAUUUGUCAGCUGAAGUUCAUCACUUGGUAUCAGCUGAGAAUCUUCCAGAUGCUCUUCAACAAGAGGUUUUGCACCUGCGUUGGCAACUCCAUUUUCUGAAAAGAUGGAAAAAUAAUGAAGUGGAUGAUAACGUUCUGUCUCCCGCUGUCGGAUGAAUGAGUAAUUGAGUAUGAACCCUUUAGGUCUACAUUUUUCCCUGCAGGAUGGAUAUAGAGAAUGUGAAUAAAGAGAUACACUACCUUCUAUUUGAAUAAUAGUACAUUAGAUCAAGCAAUUCUAACUCAGUUGCCAGUUUUCUUUUCAAAGAUUACCAGUUAUUUAUAUUUUAU